AGCCAGUGGAUUUAAAUGACGUGUUAUUCUUUAUUUUUCUGACCUCAUUUACACCAUAUUGUGAGUUAUUGUGUCAAACAAAUCUGUGAUUUAAGGGUUUGGUUGGACCACAGAAGAUUUUCAGAUUUCAAAAUAGGCGGCUGCAUUCUUGGGAACGGCUGCUUUAACGGUUGCUGUGGCGUCCGUGUUUCCACCAUUGUGUCUGUGUCUACAAUAACACUUGGGAAUGUACUCAUGAUAACAAUUUGGGUCAUGAGCACCUCGUGCUGCCGCGGUGACGUCAUGAUGAACGCGCUUCCAGUCUGGCUGCAGAAUCAACGGCUGGUUUUCAGCAGUUUGGACAAACUCAGAUACCCUUCUCCUCUUCUUCUUCAUUAAUCUGAGCUUCCACAUUGACUGAGGACUGAUGUCUGCUGCCUGCCUGCUCCUCAUGCUGCUGCCUCUGGUCUCGGGCCAGACUUACCACUGGGGUCCCUGCCCGAGCCCUAAAGUGCAGCCAAACUUCAGAAUCCAGCAGUACCAAGGAAAGUGGUAUGAGAUUGAGAAGCUCCCGGCUACCUUCGAGAGAGGCAAAUGCAUCGAAGCAAAUUACGCCCUGAGGUCAGACAGCACCAUCCGGGUACAGAACUCUCAGUUCUAUAAAGACAAGGUCAGGACCAUUGAAGGAACUGCGGUGAUUCUGGAUCCAAGACAACCAGCGAAACUUGGAGUCAGUUUCUCCUACUUUACUCCUUACAGUCCCUACUGGAUCCUGACCACAGACUACUUCAGCCUGGCUGUGGUGUAUUCCUGCACGGACAUCCUCCGCAUCUUCCACGUGGAGUACGCCUGGAUCCUAGGCCGCUCACGCUUCCUGCCUCCACAGACUGUCCGCUAUGCCAAGCAGCUGCUGAUGAGCGAGAGAAUCGAUGUGGUCAGGAUGAAGGCCACAGACCAGACCGGUUGUCAGGGCAAGUAGGCACUAGGCAAGUCACAGCGGCCCACUGUGGCAGGAAUGAACACUGAGCCUAGGCUUUGGAUUCCACGAAAACAAGCAGUCGGUGAUGUCGUGUUUAUUACCAGGAAGGCUUGUUUAGUGCACACAA